AUGGCUCAAGCUCAAAUUACCCCAGAGCGAAACCACGAUAUCGUACCUGUGUCUCUGGACAUGGACGAGAAGAACAAUGAACUGGUCCAUCAAGAUCAUCUCCAAACAGCCGAGGAGAUCAGAAGGACCAUGUCGAAAGGUGGUCAAGUCCAGAUGAGAUCGAAGCAUGACGAUCUUGGUGUCUGGGCUGCUGUCAAGCAGAAUAAGAAGAUCGCACUCGUAGCUAUGGCAGCUGCUUUCAGUGCUUCUUUGGAAGGUUAUCAAAUCAAUUUGAAUGGUGGUAUUGUCUCCAACAAGGGAUUCAUCGCGAUCAUGCCUCGAGAUGCCAAAGGUGCUAUACUCGGUAAAUAUGUUUCGGCUUGGGGUGGUAUUCAAUCUACUGGUCAGACUUUAGGUCAAAUCUUUUUGCAAUACUUGACCGACUACCUCGGAAGAAAAGCUGCUAUGUACACUCUUUUCGUCUUCCUCGUCGCAAGUGUUAUCGCCGAAAGUUUAGUCAAAGGAUGGGAAACCUGGUUGAUCGCCAAGCUGUUCUCCGGUAUCGGAGUGGGAAUGCUUCAAUCCACUCUUCCUGUCUACUUGGCUGAGAUUUCCCCAGUUCAGCUUAGAGGGUUAUUCAUCAACGCAUACACUUUCUGGUUCUGUUUGGGUCAACUUUUGGCUGGUGUCGCAUUGAACAAACUACAAACCGGACAUUUCAAGACUGCUAUCUACACUCAAUGGGGUAUGAUCGGAAUUAUGGGAAUCAUCUUCGUCCUCCUUCCCGAGUCUCCGUGGUGGCUAGUCAGCAAAAACAAACUCGACAAAGCUAGUAAAAUGCUGCAGAGGUAUUACGGUCAUAUUGAGGGUUAUAACGUCUCAGAUGAAGUCGCCAUUAUGACAGCCACGAUUGAAACUGAAAGACAGACCGCCGCUAGGGAGGGCCAGGAAGGUCAUUGGGCCGUUUUCCAAGGUCGCAACCUUCUCAGACUCAUUAUCGCUGCUUUGCCAAAGAUUAUACAGCAGUUCGUCGGUCUCUCGGUAUUUAACAGCUACUCUACAUACUUCUUCCAACUCGCCGGGAACAAAAAUCCAUUCUUGGUAACGGUAAUCCUCGGUUGCGUCCAACUUCUCGCCAUGAUAAUCACUGCCUCAUUGUCGGAUGCCGUUGGACGAAGACCCCUUACUGUCUACCCUUACGGAGUGACCAGUUUGAGUGUUUUGGCAUUGGGUAUCAUCGGAUGUUUCGACUAUUCAAGUAAAUCACUCGGUUCACUCUUGAUCUUCUUCGCGUGUCUCGCCACAUUCACCACUACCGGUGCUUCCGCCAUUGGAUAUGCCUACGCAAGUGAAAUCCCUUCGCAGAGAUUACGAGCGAAGACUGCUGGAUGGGGUUUAGCCUUUUCCAACAUGGUCGCCAUCAUGUUCAGUUUCUGUACACCUUUGAUGUUGAAUGGUAAUGCUCAUUGGGGAGUCAAGACGGGAUUCUUCUUCGCUGGUACUGGUACAGUCAGUACUAUCGUGGGCUGGUUCCUCUUGCCCGAGGUCACCAAGCGAUCUCCAGCAGAGAUCGACGAGCUCUUCGAGAAGAAGGUGCCUCUCAGGAAGUUCAAGGGUUACGUCACGGACGUUCAAAUGGUUGCGGAGGAGAACAAGAGGAUGCAAGAGGGUCAUUAG